GUGGAUCUAUAUUUCUUCAAUGUUUGCUUUCCACUUUCACAGCAAUUCCAUAAUAGUCUUCACUCUCAACAAAUGCCUUCUAACGCCAUCGUCCAAUACAGCUCUUCUUCAUCUCAUGCAAUUAACACAUACGACGUAUUUGUGAGCUUCCGUGGUGAAGACACGCGCAACAACUUUACUGGUUUUCUCUUUCAAGCUCUCCGCAGAAAAGGCAUCCAUGCCUUCAAAGAUGAUCAAGAUUUAAAAAAAGGUGAAUCCAUUGCACCCGAGCUGCUGCAAGCCAUUCAAGCCUCUCGACUUUUCAUUAUUGUCUUCUCAAACAACUAUGCUUCCUCCAUUUGGUGCUUGCGUGAACUGGCAGAGAUUCGUAACUGCGCUCAAACUUCGGCAAGACGUGUUAUACCUAUAUUUUAUGAUGUUGAUCCUUCGGUGGUUCGCAAACAGAGUGGAUGUUAUGACAUAUCAUUUGCACAACACGAAUACAGAUUCGGAGAAAAUAAAGCCAAGAUGGAGGAAGCUAAGAGAUGGAGAGAAGCUCUCACGGAAGUGGCCAAUCUCUCUGGUUGGGAUAUUCGAAAUAAGCCACAAUAUGCGCAGAUAGAAGAAAUUGUUGAAAGCAUAACAAAUAUUUUGGGUCCCAAAAUUUCAAGUCUUCCAAAGGACGAACUAGUUGGGAUAGAGUCUCGGGUUCAAGAAUUAAAAGAUCUUCUGUGUUGUGGAUCACUUAAUGAUGUUCGAGUCGUUGGAAUUAGUGGGAUGGGUGGCAUAGGAAAGACAAGUCUUGCUUGGACUUUAUACGAAAGAAUUUGUCAUCAAUAUGAUUUUCAUUGUUUUAUUGACGAUGUAAGCAAAAUUUAUCGAGAUUCUAGUUCGUUAGGUCUACAAAAACAGUUAAUUUCACAGUCUCUAAACGAAAAAAAUCUAGAGAUUUGCAAUGGUUUUGAAGGAACAUGUUUGGUGUGGUCUAGGCUACACAAUGCCAGGGCACUUAUAGUUCUUGACAAUGUUGAUCAAGUUGAACAACUGAGGAUGUUUACAGGGAAUAGAGACACUUUGUUACGUGAAUGCUUAGGUGAAGGGAGCAAAAUCAUCAUAAUUUCUAGGGAUGAACAUAUAUUAAGAACGCAUGGAGUGGAUGAUGUUUAUCAAGUGCAGCCGUUGAGUUGGGAAAAUGCUGUCCAGUUAUUCUGUAGAAAUGCUUUGAAAGUUAAUUAUAUUUUGAGCGAUUACGAAAAGUUGGCCCGUGAUGUACUAUCACAUGCUCAAGGACAUCCUUUGGCUAUUGAAGUAAUUGGUUCAUCUUUGUUUGGCCGAAGUGUGUCUCAAUGGAAAAGUGCAUUGGCUAGACUAAAAGAAAAUAAAAGUAAAAGUAUUAUGGAUGUUUUACGUAUAAGUUUUGAUGAGCUGGAUGAAGAAGACAAAGAAACAUUUUUGGAUAUUGCUUGCUUCUACAAUGGGUAUGAAGAAAUAUACGUGAAGGAAAUUCUAAGUUUCCGAGGAUUUCAUCCUGAAUAUGGCAUGCAAGUUCUUGUUGAUAAAUCACUGAUAACCAAUAACUAUGGGAGGAUAUAUAUGCAUAGCUUGCUAAUGGAUUUGGGAAGGAGUAUUGUUCGAGAAAAAUCACCUAAGGAGCCCAGGAAGUGGAGCAGGUUGUGGGACUACCAAGAUUUCCACAAUGUUAUGUUACACAAUCAGGAAAUUGACAAUCUUGAAGCCAUAGUUGUAAAAAAUGAAGAAUGGAUGUUUGGUAAAACAACAAUGAAGGCAGAUGGUCUGUCGAACAUUAGACAGCUUAAGUUGCUUAAACUUGAGAACGUGAACUUUUCAGGAAGUCUCAAUCAUCUUUCGAAUGAACUAGGAUAUCUUACUUGGAACAAAUAUCCUUUUAAAUGUUUGCCUCCAAGUUUUCGGCCCGAUAUACUAGUUGAGUUAAAACUGAGAUGGAGCAGUAUUCAACGACUGUGGGAAGGCACAAUGCUACUGCACAAUUUGAAACGUUUGGAUCUGUCUUACUCCAAAGAUUUAAUUGAGAUGCCAGAUGUUGGAGAGGCCCUAAAUCUUGAAAGGGUAGAUCUUGAAGGAUGCAUAAAGCUCCAAAAAAUCAAUCCAUCGAUCGGUCUUUUGAGAAGGCUUGCCAUUUUGAAUUUGAAAAACUGCAAAGAGUUAGUGAGCUUACCAAGGAGCAUAUUUGGCCUGAACUGUCUUGAAUAUCUAAGUAUCUCUGGGUGUUCAAAACUUUAUAACAAUCAGUUAUUUGAUGAACCAAGGAAUACAGAGUAUUUGAAGAAGCUUUAUUUAGUUGAAGCUCCUAUUCAUCUCCGAUCAACACCCUCUUUCAUAAAAGAAAUGCUUUCGUGGCCUUCAGAUUUGUUGUAUUUGAGAUCACAAAGUAGCUGUUUGUUGCCGUCCUCUCCCAGUCACCCUUGUUUGCGUGAACUCGAUCUAAGCUUCUGUAACUUGGUUCAAAUUCCUGAUGCCAUUGGAAAGCUACAUUGCUUAGAGAAGCUAAAUUUGAAGGGAAACAAUUUUACUACACUUCCCAACCUCAAGGACCUUUUCAAACUGUAUUAUUUAAACUUACAGCAUUGCAAGCGAUUGAAAUACUUGCCUGAUCUCCCUUCACGAACACACUUGCCCUCAAAAGUGUACAUGCUACCAUUCCCAUAUUCACCUUCUAUCCUUGGACGUUUAGUAGAGGACGAUGAAGACAAGGCAGGAUUAAUCAUCUUCAACUGCCCAGAAUUAGUUGACAGGGAACGCUGCUCAAGCAUGAGUAUUUCAUGGAUGAUACAAAUUGUUCAGGCGAACCAUCAAUACGGGAGUCUUACAUCCACCACAAUUGGUCCAGAUGUUGAAAGUAUUAUCCCUGGAAGUGAAAUACCCGAGUGGUUCAACAAUCAGUUUCAGAGCCGGUUAAAUUUAAUAGAGAUUAAUUCCUCUCCCGUCGAAAAUGACAAUGAUUGGAUUGGUGUUGUGUGCUGUGUAAUAUUCGGUAGAGGCAACGAAAUGGAAAUGAGAUAUCCAAGACCAUAUUAUCCAAGACCAGAUAAUCCCAUUAAAAAACCUCCACUCGAUUUGAGAAGAGAUCCAACCAUGGAGCUGUCAGAUCACAUGUGGCUAUUUUAUUUCUCCCGGAAGCAGUUCAUUGAACAACGUGAUUGGCUUGGCUUGAGAUUUAUCAUACCGGAGAUGAAAAAAUUCCGUUAUGCUGUGUAUGUCAAGAAAUAUGGGUAUCGCUGGGUAUAUGAGCAAGAUCUAAUUCUGUGAUAGGCACCCCGUUUCUCUCUUCACAAGAUACAGCAUUGUCAUUGAAAAUUCUUAUUGUCUUGCCUUACAAGAUACAUUAUUCAGAAUUAC